CGGUUCGAUGGUGGGAUAGUGGGAUGAUUGUCGGUGAGUGAGGAUUUGUGCUUGUGCUUGUGCUCAGAAGAAGAAGAAAGAAAGUUGCGACGACGACGCCGCCACCUCUACCUCUACGUCCUCCGACAACGAACAAUCUCCAACGAACAAUCUCCAACGAACAAUCUCCAACGAACGAACAGAGUCGCAGCCAUGACCUCCUCCAACAAAAAGAAGCGUGCGAAGAUCGCUGACUUCAAGAAACAAAAGCUCCGCGUCGGCAAGACGCCCGCUCAAUCCGCCAACUUCACGCCGACCUCCUUCCGCACCAAAGCGAUCGUUCUCGCCUCGCAGAACGUGCACCACGUCGUCGACAUAACCGCGCAAUUCCAGCACCACGUAACCCUCUUAUCGCACCACACGCCCGCGACGCGAAAGGAUAGUCUCCACUACCUCUCCCUGCACCUCCCUUCCUCGCCGCUCCCCUCAGCCAUCCUCCUCCCCAAGCUCGCGCCAUUGAUCCAAGACCCCUCUUCCAGCGUCCGCGCCGCGCUCCUCUCCCUCCUCACCACCCUCCCCGCGCGCGACGCGCGCCUACACCUCCCGCCGAUCCUGCUGCAUAUCUGGAGCGCGAUCUCACAUAUCCAGCCGGACGUGCGCGCGGACUCGACGGGGUUCUUGCAGUGGGCGCUGCGUGCGGCGCCGAGGGAAACGCUCGCGCACGGGGGGUGGGAGAAGGGGCUGAUCAUGUUUGUGGGACUUAUGGGGUUCGGUGAUGCAUCCGUUGCGGCCGGGUCGAAGGGCGCGAAGGCUGUCUUGAGGCAUUUGGGUGUGUUGAGGGAGUUUUUGGAGGUGGGCUGUCCUGGCGAGGGCGAGGGGGGCGGGGACGGGGGGAGGUUGAGGAGGGCGGGGGCGGCGGAGUUUAGGUACUUGGGCUUGUUUGAGGUGGGCGAUGGAGAGGGGCCGGAGGAUGCGGAGGGCAGGAGGAGGUGGUGUAGGGAGAAGGGGGGCGAGGCGGUUAGGAGGUUGAGGAGGGGGCUGGAUGGGCUUGCAAAGGAGGGGGGAGAGGUCGGCAGGGCGGCCGGGAGGGUUGUGGCUACGCUUGAGGGCGUGUUGGAGGUGAGGGAGGAGUAGGGAGAGGGUUUUGUGGAUUAUACGGCGUUUUGGGUUUUUAAAAUGGAGGUUUUGAGUGGAAGGUGAUGGUCAUGGCACUUGCACGGCGAGCGGGAGAUGUGCUGAGUGGGGUAGAGGAUUGGCUAUAGAUACGCAGUUCAAAGACUCUAGAGCAUGAAGGCUGGUCCCGUAAGGCCCUGAUCAAAGACCGUCUUCAUUCCCAGGCCCAUUCCUCAUCAAUAUGGCGAGAGCCGUGG